AUGGCGACUGUUACGGUACACGCACUCGGCGCGGGCCAUAUCACAAUACCAGAGCGAUUCUUCGUCGUCCCGAAUGACCCGGAGGCCAGACGGACCGUACCGUCACUCUCAUUCCUGAUCCAACACAAAGAUGCAGGCACUGGAACGGUAACACGACUGGUGUUCGACCUUGGCAUAAGGAGAGAUAUCAGCCUCUAUCCGUCCGCAUUGAGGUCGCAUCUCGACAGCCGACAGCCACUUACGACUCAUCCCGAUGUAGUAACUUCGUUGGCCUCGGGCGGUCUCAGUCAAGAGCAGAUAGACUAUGUGAUGUUUAGCCACGUUCACUAUGACCACGUUGGUCUACCCAAAGACUUUACUAGCGACAAGACAAAGUUCAUUAUCGGCUAUGGUGCCCUUGACCUUCUGACUGGAAAGACAAAACACGACCUAGGCAAGCACAUGGUGUUCGAGUCCGAUCUCCUUCCACUUGAACGAACGAUGGAGCUGCCUCCUCCAGACACCGCUGGAGACGCCCAGUUCUCAUGGAAACCACUGGCGUUGUUCCCGCACACCAUCGACUUUUUUGGUGACGGCAGUGUCUUUGUCGUGGAUGCACCUGGCCAUUUGCCGGGACACAUCAAUCUCCUGUGCAAGAUCUCAGAACAGCCCACCAAAUUCGUGUACUUAGCAGGAGAUGCGUGUCACGACGUCAGGCUGUUGUCAGGGGAAAGGGGCAUUGCGACAUGGAAGGAUGAAGCCGGCAAGAUUUGUUGUAUACAUGUUGACAUUCCCACAACCAUGAAGACUCUGGCUCGGUUGUACGCUGCUACCAAGGAGGGGAUCAAAUUGGAUGGCAAGGAUCCCGCUUCAGUCGAGGUGGUGUUCGCGCAUGACUUUGCUUGGGAGGAAGACGCGAAGAAAAAUCAUAGGUUCUGGCCAGGAAAAUUGUGA